CAUCCCUGGCUGGAGCGAAAUCACUGAGCUCAUCAUAUAUAUCCAGUAGAACUGCCAGUCGCCAUUCUAGUUGGUGAUCUAAUUAGACCUGGAAUAGUCGAUGGAUGGUGCAAACAUAGGUCACGGAGUUCUUCAUGUUGCGGCACACGGUGGUGCUGGCUAUCACAGCCAUACAUCAGAGCGAGAAGUCAAGCACGCUUUACGACGGUCAUGUCGUGAGGCUCUCAAGACAACUUCAGCCUUGUCUGCGGUAGAAAGGGCAAUAAGCGUCCUUGAGGAUGAAGAGUGUCUUAACGCAGGUUACGGAUCCAAUCUAACCAUUGAUGGAACUGUUGAAUGCGAUGCUGCGAUCAUGGAUGGCCAAACUGGGGACUUUGGCAGCAUAGGAGCAGUAUCUGGUGUCAAGAACCCCGUCAAGCUUGCCAAUGCUGUCCUUCAAGCAUCCCGAAGACGCGAUCAGUUGGGACGUAUUCCUCCCCUAACUUUGGUAUCUGAGGGUGCUCGUCUAUUCGCAGCGAAAGAGAACCUCGAGAUCAUCCCUCCAGAGUCACUAGUGUCAGCAAAAGCGAAGAAAGACUGGGAGAAGUGGAAAACAAGACUUGACUCUGAAGGCGACGAGAGUGCCAAGGAAAAGUUCACAUCGGUAGCUUUGCAAGAUACCGUCGGUGCGGUGGCUUGGGAUGGCGAAGGUAACAUGGCUGCUGGUGUAUCGAGCGGCGGAAUAUUGCUGAAAUAUUCUGGUCGAAUCGGUGAAGCUGCCACAUUCGGAUCUGGGUGUUGGGCCCAUCAAUCAGAAGAUGGUGGUAUGGCGUGCAGCAUUACAGGUACAGGAGAGUACAUCGUCAGGACCAUGCUGGCACGAUCACUCGGCGAGGCAUUGCGCAAACCAGCUGAUGUCGACACACACGAAGUACUACAACAAGUUCUUGUCGACCAAUUUUGGGUACCGAUCCAUGAACGUGGCGAGCCAACGCCGAAUGCUGGAGUGCUUUUGUUGACGAAGGAAAUUGAUGACGGUCAGGCCAUUCCCAGGUUAUGGUGUGCUUUCACGACAGAGACUAUGGCAAUUGCAUAUGCUUCUUCCGAGCCUGGAGACACGUCGCCUAAGUCCUCUAUUCUGCGUCGCCCAAAAAAUUCACAUGCAGGAUCUGUUACGAAUUCACCGAUAUAUAUCACCGCACUGCCGAUAGGAAAAUAGUGUUGAUUUAUCAGUCCAAUAUAAAAGAAUACACUAACAAAGCGCAGAGUACAAUAAUACCUAACGAAGUGACGCAAUAUUAUCACCGUAGACUUGGUGUACCAUUUUGUGUAGAUCGAGGAGUGCCUGAGCCAUUCAAACUAGAUAACGGCGUAGCACUGCGUGGGUUUGAGGGUGCCGCGGAAGGUCGGGAUGCAUUGAGACGUUGAAGUGUUUUCAUUGGGAAUUUAGUUCUGAUAAGGAUUAUGCUAUGUCAAGAGUCACUUGUCUCACGAAGUGGGGCAACUCACCGACACGUAGAACACACUGGCACGGGUUGGCAGAAGACUGUACAC